CUUUUUGAAGGGCUUCUGCGCUCUUCGCACUUUUACAGAUGGACCUCACCGGCUGAGUGGGGAUGAAUGGGGUGGUGGUUCAGAUUUACGUGGAAGUGGGGAGAGUCUGGCCGAUGGGGUGAAUAUGAUGGCCCUGGCAGAAGGCAGGGCUUUCACUGUAUAGUUUAAUCUACCUGUUUGAUUUCUGUCUCUGAAUCUGGUCAUGGAACCUCCUGCUCCUGAAGAGGAGAAAUCCGCCCUUUCUGCAGCUAUGAGGGCGAAGAUAGAGCGGAAUCGCCAGCGGGCACUGAUGCUGAGGCAGGCUCGGCUUGCUACUAGGCCCUACCCUUCAACUGGUGAAGGCAGUUCUAAAGUAAAAGCCCCUCCAAAGAUAAUAGAUACUGGGGGAGGAUUCUUUCUUGAAGAGGAGGAAGAAGAGGAACAUACAGCGGAGAAAAUUGUGCACCCUCCUGGGCCUGUAUUAGAAUUUGAUUACCUUCUUUGUGAAGAAUGUGGUAAAGAAUUCAUGGACUCCUACCUCAUGAGCCACUUUGAUUUAGCAACAUGUGAUAAUUGCAGAGAUGUUGAAGAAAAGCAUAAACUCAUAACAAGGACUGAAGCAAAACAAGAGUAUCUUCUGAAAGACUGUGAUUUAGAUAAGAGAGAACCUGUGUUAAGAUUUAUUUUGAAGAAAAACCCUCACAAUCCACGGUGGGGUGACAUGAAACUUUACUUAAAAGUGCAGGUAAUCAAGCGUUCUCUUGAAAUCUGGGGUAGUGAAGAAGCAUUAGAAGAAGCCAAGGAAAGCCGACAAGACAACAGAGAGAAGAUGAAACAGAAAAAGUUUGAUAAAAAAGUUAAAGAACUACGUCGAGCUGUAAGGAGUAGCUUAUGGAAAAAAGACACAAGUGUCCAUCAGCAUGAAUAUGGAGCUGAAGAAAUGAUAGAGGAGGACCUAUACAAAAAAACUUGUACCAUAUGUGGCCAUGAAUUAACAUAUGAAAAAAUGUAGUGUUCUUAGUUUCACAUUAAAAUUAACCUUUUGUAUAAACACACCUUUUGUAAUGUUAAAACUCUUUUAUCCAAUAAACUAAAACACAUCACUUGCUCUGUGACUUUUUACUCACAGUAAUCCUCACAGAUAAAAUGCUAUGUUAAGAAAAAUCUGAUUUUUUGGAGGAGAAAUAGACCUAGUGAUACUUUUAUAACAAUUGUACAGCCUGAAU